UUUAAGCCAGUACGUCUGGUUGGGGAAUUCUGGGAGUUGACAUCCACAAGUCUUAAAGUUGCCAAGCUUGGACACCCCUGCUGUACAGCUAGAAAACGUCUCUCCUUCCCAGCUCUGCAUCAGUAUCCAGAUAGGAAUUACAGCUCAAAAUCAAACGCUUUUAAUAAAUAAAACGCUUUUAAGGGCUCCCUCUCCUGACAACCCUGAAUAGAGAGGGUGCGGGAGAAACUGUGCAUGGGAGCCUCAGUCAUUUUGGGAAAAGGAAUUGCUCUUUGGAAAGACUUGCCAGCCUUUCAUUUCCUCCGCUGUGCCUUUAAGAUUUGUGGGGUUGUGGUUUGUAAUUGUUGUUCUUGGCUCCGGACAGAGUAGUUUCACAGUUUUUCUGGGCAAAACCGAAAGCAAGAAGAGAGAUAGUUUUUCACCUCAGGAUGGCAGCCUGUUCCAGGUUGAAGUGUAUGGGCAAAUUGGAAACCAGCAAAAAGAUACAGUUCUACAGCCCUUGCUUCGGGGGCAUAUCGUGGGCAAUCCAUCUUGGGGUUUUAUUAAGUGUUAGCAUCGUCCUGUUAGUUGAUAAACGCUACCAGAAGAAAGAUUCGGUCAUCAGCUCGGUGCAUGUGAAGGUGAAGGGGGUGUCCCAGAUUGAGAACAGAGUUUGGGAUACAGCCGAAUAUACCAUCCCUGGGCAGGGUGUGAAUUCCUUUUUUGUGCUGACUAACUUCAUCACGACCGAAAAUCAGACUCAAGGACUUUGCCCCGAGUCUCCUCUUGCCAAAGCAGUGUGUACAACCGACAAAACCUGCACGAAAGGUCAAGUGGACCCACAGGGUAACGGCAUCCAGACGGGCAAGUGUGUGAAAUAUAACAGCACCAUCAACACGUGUGAAGUCUCCGCUUGGUGUCCUGUGGAGUCAUCUAAAGCCGCUCCAAGGUAG